GCAGAAAUUUGAGUCUCAUGUUUGUAGUCCGAUUUCAAAGGGGGUAAACAUAGGAGGUUGAGAAAUGACAAGUGUCCCAAGAACCGGUGGAGUAGUGGGGCAGUUUUCCACGGGAACCAGGAGUGUCUCGCGCAUCACUCUCUCCCACUACCUCAGGCUCUUCGAUCCUCACCUCCCCUCUCUCUAGAUAUACCAACCCCAACUGCCAUGGUGUUUUAGUUUCUCCUCUUCUUCUUCUUCUUCUUCAUUCCCUUCUCUUUCUUUUCCUUCUCAUCCCCAUGACAUGUUUAGCCACCUUUCUUAUACCAGCUUGAGCUCCAAAUUAAGCCUGUGUUAAUCCUCGUACCUUCUCUCUUCUUCUUGUUCAUCUUCUUACUGAGGCAGAAAAGAAAAUCCCGAUUUGUUGUGUAGAACUUAAGAAAUGUUUGACAUCUUGUUCGGAUGGCGAAAAGCUUCAAAAUGGUACUCGUGUGUGUUUCCUGUUGCAGCAAGAAACUGAUCAACCGGGUACAGUGCCGUCUAAAGCUUCUGAAGAACAAGAGGAAUUCGAUUGUGAGGCAACUGCGCGAAGACGUGGCUCAGCUAAUCGAAAGUGGUUAUGAACAUAUUGCUCUUAAUCGAGUUGAGCAGCUCAUCAAAGACGAAAGCAUAACAGCAGUGUAUGAAUUGUUAGAUCAUUUUUGUGAAUUCAUCCUCAUCCAUCUUUCGUAUAUCCGAAGACACAAGGACUGUCCAAAUGAUAUCAAUGAAGCAGUUUCAAGUCUUAUAUUUGCCUCUGCAAGAUGUGGGGAUCUACCUGAGCUUCAGGUGAUCCGGAAGCUUUUCGGAGAGCGUUAUGGUCAGAGAUUUGCUGUGUCAGCUGUAGAACUAUUUCCUGGGAAUCUAGUGAAUCAUGAGAUAAAAGAGAAACUCUCCAUUCAGUCAGUCUCAGAGGAUGUGAAGCAUAGAUUGGUUGAUGGCAUAGCCAGGGAAUGCUGCCUGAAAUCAGAAGUUUUAGCACUUGAAUACUACCCUGAAUGGCAAAAACAGCAGGUGAAAGAAAAUAGUACUGGACAUCAAGUACUGGAUACAGAUGUUCUGACUUAUUAUGAUACAAACAAAGGAUCUGAAAUUCAAGCUUCAAAUGCUAGAGAGAGAGAAAGAAAUGUCAUACAUCUGGAUUCAUUAUCAACAAGCAAGAACAUUACGAAUGAACAGUGCAGCUCUCCCAUCCAUCAAGAUUCUGGUACAUCUAGUGCUUUGACUGUUUCUUCUAAUGUACAGUCAACUAGUUCUUCUGUUGUUCAGCAAUCAUCCCCAGAUGUGGUAGAAUCUCCUAUGCAUGAAAAAGCAGAGAAAGUAGAAAAUGCCAGCCUCGAUUCACCAAGUAAGUGUAGAAUUUCUGGUUUGGACCACAAGGAAAUGAAAACUCCCACAGCAUCUUCUACAGAGAAUUUGCCUCAAUUUUCCGAGGAAGCGGUAGUAUGUUUUGAUGACAUAGAGGAGUUUCAGUCUUUCACGAAAAAGGAUGGAAAUUUCCAAGACCAAAGAGUAUUUAAGUUCAAAUCAUCUGUCGCUCCCAGGUGUGAAAAAAAUGGAAUCAGUUGUGAUCAAAAUAAUAUCGACAAUUGUGAAUCAUUGAGUGAGAGGUCAGGCUCAAGAAGAUGUAGAAAAGGUGGAAAGGAAUCUGGGAAAAGAUUGAGGACAUCAAUGCCUCGGGAAAAACAAAGCAUGAACAACAUUGAAUGUGUAACUUAUUAUGACAAACCGUGCAAAACUUCUCCAACUAAUCAUCCCAGCAAGCAUCAGAAGAAGACUCCAGGAGUAGGAAGGCAACACUCAUAUGAUGCUCGGAAAGGACUGAAGAAACCUUACUGUUUUGUCGACUUGAGUGGUAACAUCCAGACAUGUAACUGCAGGCAUGAUCUCAAGGGAUCAUUCUUUAACCAUGAGAUGCCUGAGAACAGCUUGAGACACCGAUUUUAUGUUUGCUCCUGUGGGGACAAAGGCACAGACAACCUGGAAGUUUUACCAUGGAAGCUAAAGAGAGAAAUCACCUUCCCAAAUCACGGUCCCAAAAGAGAACAUGUUUGUCAUGAAUGUUGCCAUCACCACAGGUUCUGGAAUGGAGAAUCAAAUAAGGACAUAGAAUGGACAAUCCUCCCUCAGAAACCGAGGAGAACAAGUAACUGCAGCGGUGAUAGUGUGCAUAAUGAUUUCACCUGCCCAGAUUUGCAGCAUAAUUGGCAGAACAGUGAAAUGAGAGGCAGUGAAGACAGAUUUUCCAGCCAAACGAUGGAUAGUUGUUUUACAAGAAAAGAAACUUUGCCCCCCUAUUCAAGAGCUGAGACCAUGCCCUCGGAACGACCUAAAGAAGCAAGCAAGGAAAACAUGCAACGCUCCAAUUCUUGCCCUUAUCAACAUCCCAACCAUGUUCAUCCCAAGUUGCCUGACUAUGAUGCUAUAGCAGCUAAGUUUACGUCUCUCAAGAAAGAGCAUCUGCAAAAGAAAGGCUGUGGCAUGCCAACAACAGGCAUCAUGAUCUCAUAUGAUUAAUACACGAAAGCUUUAUAUUAUAUACUUUUAUU